AUCAGAGCUCUUAGCUGUCCUCACGCCCGUGGUGCUGAAAUCAGCGCUGUAACGGCAAUGAGACAAAGACACGGGGAGCCCGACCAAACAGACCGAGAAUGGACGAUGAUUUGUUUCAGUUAAGACAGAUCCCGAAAGCAACACACACAGAUGGAUGGUGAACCAAGAUGUGUGAACUUUAUUGAAACACAGAGUGGUGAAAUUUCGGCAUACAGGUGAAAGCACUCGCUCAGAGGAUGAAUUUGAAGGGAAGGAUGAACCUAUGGAGGCGGAGGGAGGGUGGACAGAUAUGGAGAAUGUUUCCCUGGCCGAUGGUGCUCCAGUGCCUCGGGAGUUUGCUAACCCCACUGAUGAUACCUUUAUGGUCGAAGAUGCAGUAGAAGCCAUUGGCUUUGGGACAUUCCAGUGGAAGCUAUCCAUCCUGACUGGACUUUCUUGGAUGGCUGAUGCCAUGGAGAUGAUGAUUCUCAGUAUUUUGGCCCCUCAACUGCACUGUGAGUGGGCACUGUCCAGCUGGGAGGUGGCACUGCUAACCUCGGUGGUAUUUAUUGGAAUGAUGGUCAGUUCUUCAUUAUGGGGAAACAUUUCUGACAAAUAUGGGAGAAAAACAGGUUUGAAGAUGAGUGUAUUGUGGACCCUGUUCUAUGGCCUCCUCAGUGCAUUUGCACCCAUAUAUGGGUGGAUCCUUUUUCUCCGAGCUCUGGUGGGCUUCGGUAUUGGAGGGGCUCCACAAUCAGUAACACUGUAUGCUGAGUUUCUUCCCAUGCAGUCCCGAGCCACUUGCAUUCUGUUGAUAGAGAUCUUCUGGGCUUUGGGAACAGUGUUUGAAGUUCUGCUAGCUAUCUUGGUGAUGCCAACUUUGGGCUGGCGCUGGCUGCUGGCCCUCUCCACCAUUCCACUCUUUAUUUUUAUUAUUCUUUGCUUUUGGCUGCCAGAGAGUGCUCGUUACGACGUCCUGACAGGAAAUCAGGAGAAGGCUUUGAGCACACUCAAACGAAUUGCUACAGAGAACAAGGUCCCCAUGCCACUGGGAAAACUCAUAGUGGCCAGACAGGAGGACAGGGGGAAAAUUCAAGAUCUUUUCUCUCCACAUUUCCGCUGGACCACACUUCUGCUUUGGUUCAUAUGGUUCUCUAAUGCGUUCUCUUAUUAUGGUGUGGUUUUGCUGACCACUGAGCUUUUCCAGGAGGGUGGGGCCUGUGUUGAGGUGAAUGGCAGUAAAAUGGAGCCAGGCUGUAGUUUGGAGUGCAAAUAUCUAAACUCAGAUGAUUAUAAAGACCUUUUAUGGACCACACUCUCUGAGUUUCCAGGCCUGCUGGUGACCCUGUGGGCAAUUGAUCGGUUGGGGAGGAGAAAGACUAUGGCACUGUGUUUCUUCGUCUUCUCUGUUUGCCUUGUGCCACUCUACGGCUGUAUGGGAAGGACCUUUUUGACAGUAUUCAUAUUCAUUGCGAGAGCCUUCAUUGCUGGAGGUUUCCAGGCUGCAUAUGUGUACACUCCUGAGGUGUAUCCCACAGCAACGAGGGCUCUGGGUUUGGGCACCAGUAGUGGGAUGGCUCGGGUUGGAGCAUUCAUUACACCAUUUGUUGCACAGGUGAUGCUUGAAUCAUCUGUGUACCUGACUCUGUCGGUGUACUGUUGCUGCUGUUUGCUGGCUGCUAUUGCUUCCUGUGCCCUGCCCAUAGAGACCACAGGUCGAGGCCUGCAGGAGUCCAGUCACAGAGAGUGGGGUCAGGAGAUGAUGGGGCGGGCAUCAGACCACAGCCCUGAGGGGAUUCCACAUUCCAUCUCUGGAUCACAAGACUGAAGGACACAGUUGGAUUUUUAGGAGAAAUUGGCCAUAGAUAGAAGUGGGCAAUGUUCUCGGUAAAAAAAAAAAAAAACAAACAAAAAAAAACAACGUGUCCACAAUGGAACACCUGAUUCAAUGGUUUUAAGAGUUGCUUGGUCUUGAUUUUUUUAUCAGCCCAUUAUAGACAAGUUCCCCCACCAAAUGUUGAGUGGUUAAGCACCUCGGAAAUGGAGGGGAGUAUAUUCCCAUGAUGUAAUACCUCCCUGGUUGCCAAAUGCAACUCUCCAAGCGAAUUCAACAGGAAAUUGGUUGAGUAUUGUAUCUAAAACAUGAGAAUUGCAUUAUGCAGUUUAACACAUAAAACAAGCAUCACUCUCAUACAGUCAAAGAAUUCUAAGAGUAUUUUGGGGCAUUUAAGAGGAGAACGAAAGCCUUCAAAGUCCUGAAGACUUGAAGUUGAAAGAUAGCACAAUAGUGUGUGUGUGUAUGUGUGUGUGUGUGACUAGGUUAGUAUGACGGGGAGUAGAAAGAUUCAAAUUUUGUCUGUGUUUAUUAUUUAUCUUUUUAAGGGGGCCUUCCACUCCACUCCCAACAUUCCUUUUGGGGGAGCUUGCCAACUUUUAACUCAUUGAAGCAAAUCAAAAUUAUCCCACAUUGCACUGGUUUUUGGUCUUUGUUAUCUUGCCUCUUUUAAAGAAACAUUUAGCAGAGAAUUAUUUAUGCUGGUUAACCGUUUCAUCCUGCUGUCGUUGAUACCAUGAGGCACACGGUUACGUAUCUAGUGGACACCAAUUUCUUCUUUACUACACAGCAAUGGAGCGCACCUCUCACUGACCUCAGCUGGCUGUCAUUUGCAAAUCGAUUGUGUAAGGUGUAUAAACUCUAACUAUUCCAUUAUAAUGAGGCAUAUCAAAAGCUGUUGGAAUACUGUAAAUCUUAAAGUCAACAUAAAAUUUUAAUUUACUAUCGUAAUACACAUUCCUGGUCUUAUUGUGUGCAAUUUGCUGAUGCACUUAAUUCCAAAGAAUAAAUAAACCUGUGCAAUGACUUUUCUUUCAGCUGAUGUUGUGAACCCUUCUCAUUUUUUUAACUCCUUCCUUCAAGGAACCUGAGACAACUUGCAAUGAUCCAUCCGAUUCAAUUUCUCAUUUAAUAUCCUGUUUCAUUUAACAAGAUGUCACAUGACAAUAAAAAAAUAAGUCAACACAAUAAAACAAUAGCGAGUGGCUUUCAUCAGAACAGGUCUGUGGCAAAGCAGGUAUAUUUUUGUUACAGUCUAUUCCAGUAUCUCAGCAUCCAAGCAGAUUUGUCAACCCAUGAAUUGCAUUUAAAUGCGCAACAUCAACGUUUAAGAAUCUUUUUCCAUCCAGUGGGUUGGGGUGGCAGGAUGAUAGGGAGGUCAGAUUGUAAAGUGUGCAGUUGU